AGCCUCCUGCUUGGCCCACCGACACUAAGAGCGAAAAGUUAAAGACGACGUCGAGUUUCCUUCGCGACAUUUUGGCAUCUUUUUUUCUGGUUUUCGAGGCUGACGCCGAAAGACCUCGACCGGCACGCAACGAGACUUACAACCAGACCACUGAGAAUUGUAGAAUGAUGGCGAGCGUCAAGCGGAUCCCGAGCCCCCCGGGGAAGGGCCCCACCCGGCGGAGCCUGUUCGGCCCAGUGGACAGGGAGCAGCUGCGGGCGGACUGCCAGGCCGCCCUGAGGAAAGACCUGGAGGAAGCGUCCCGCCGCUGGAGCUUCGACUUCCUGUCCGACCGGCCUCUGGCCCACGGAGAUUUCCAGUGGGAGGGGGUCCCCGGCGCCAAGGUGCCGGCGCUCUACAGGCCCCGUACGCUGGGGAGGGCGAGCGCUCCGAGGGCGACGGAGGCCGCGGUCAGCCCCAAGAAGGUCAGGGCGGAACCGCCGGAGUGCGAGAAGGAGAACAUCCCGGAAAAGGACUCCGACAGAUGUCCUUUGAACGUGGAGAGAACGCCGAGGAAGAAGGAGAGCGGCGGGAUCAAGAGGAAACAAACCAACAUUACGGAUUUCUAUCAGUCGAAAAGAAGAGUCGUGGGGAUGCCGCUUACAUCCAGCAAGUGAUUUUUCGGUCCAUCGGUGCAGCAUUCCACAGAGACUGACAAUAUUCCAACAGAACCUCACAAAAACGCUCAGGAAAGCCAAGUCGGGCCCGGACUGCACAUUUUGCUCCCAGGGACGCAAUACGAGCGACCUCAGCCCGUCGCGUCUUUACGGUUAUUUUGGGUGCUGUAUUAAUUUUUAGCGGGGGGGGGAGGGGGGAGACAUUUAAUCUGCGGAGGUUACCGCUAAUCUUUGCACCGGCGGAUUUGUACUCGUUUGGACCACGCGGACGUCCGAGGGUCGGCUGAAUUCUUCCUUGCGUGCGGGAGCAGGCGAAGCAGCGGCGCGCGUUUACUUGAAAGGCCGACGCCGCAAUCGAGGACGGCCGGAGGACGGAAGCGCCUUCGGUUCCUCUCCGCACAAUCCACUUUUUUUUUUUUUUUUUUACUUUGUUCUUGUUUUUCAUCAUGAUGUCACCCGAAUAUUUUGUGUUCCUUUUUAAGCACUUCGCGCGCGUUCUACUUCAUAUAUCCUGUUGCACAAGUGAAGCGUUCCGACGUCGUCUCCACACGUUGGCUUUGCUCGGGUGAGAUGCGACACGAGCGCCGUCGUCUUCCGUUUUCCGCCUUCACGUUUGCCUCUUUUUUUCUCCCUGUGUUUGUGUGCGUAAGCGGCCUGGCUCGAACGUGCUCCGUAGCGGUUAGCGUCUUAUUUAAAGAAAC